CAUUUUUUUUUUUUUUUAUCAGCAAAUGCUGUUAAUAUGAGUACUAUUGGGUAUUUAACUUAUUCUUGUAAUUUUUGUUACCGGAAGUUAAUGUUUCACCAUAUUGGUUUUUGUUGACAUUGGUGAGGAAAGUCUUGUCGUUUUAUUGAGUGCAGAAUCAGGAUGCCAGCUAAAGCAGAAGAUAUCAUGAAGGGGUUUAAAUUAAAUUGGAUGAAUUUGAGAGAUGCUGACAGUGGUAAAAUCCUGUGGCAGUCAAGUGAAGACUUGUCAGCACCAGGCCUUGAGCAUGAAGCAAGGGUCCCAAAGAAAAUCUUAAAAUGUCGUGCAGUGUCUCGGGAAAUAAAUUUUUCAUCAAAAGAGGCUAUGGAUAAAUUUAGAUUAGAACAGAGAGUUUUAUUCAAAGGAAAAUGUUUAGAAGAAUGGUUCUUUGAAUUUGGCUUUGUGAUACCGGGAUCUACGAACACGUGGCAAUCUGUAAUAGAAGCAGCACCAGAAAGUCAAAUGAUGCCAGCAAAUGUUCUUACGGGUAAUGUUAUCAUAGAAACACUUUUUUAUGAUGGAGACCUUCUAGUCAGCAAGUCCAAAGUGAAGAUAUUUUAUGUAUAAACAAGAUGUGGACUUAGGUUAAAGAAAUAAUUCCAUUUUAAUGAUGUGAACAUUUUGAACUUGUAUGAUUUUUGUGGAUUAGUAAAGGUGUCCCACCAGCUGGUGUGUUACGUAGAAGCUCGCUAGCCAACAGUUUAACAUCUACUGUCAAGAGUCAAGGAGCAGAAAUAUUGAAAUCAAGCAGUGAUUCUAAAUGCUACAGCUAACUUAAAAACCUUUUGUUACUUCACUUUUUGCUGUCUGAAAAUUAGGACCAAUGCAAUUACACUGUGAACAAAAGUCCUGCAUUCAACAAGGUGAAGGAAUAUACUAGUGAUCUUUAAUUUAGGAAAUUUCAUGUAGACAACUUUGUAGCUAUUUUUAGAAUUUUUCACUGGCUAUUUUUCUAUAUAGAAUAAAUGCACAUAACAAGUUCCUAAACCUUUUUGCACUUGAAAUUGUUGUCAUAUUUAUACCUUACGUUUCCAUUUUGUCCCUUAUUGAUGGAAAUUUUUUACAUAUGCUGAUAAAAGUAAGAGAUUCGUGUAAAAGUGAAUGUAUGUGUAAACAAUUUUGCUUUCGUUGAGAUUAUGGUAUAUUUGUAUGUACAUAUAUAUAUGUCUUUUGGUUUGUUGUGUCUAGUGGUUUUAAACCAUAGAGGACUGUCUUUGUUUUUAUCAGGUGAGAUUGAAUGGCUUACUGCAUGUAAUGAUUGGCCCAGAAGAUAGUAACUUCAAUUAUGACUGACCAGUGUACUUUUUCAUGGUUUUUUUGAUAGAUCUUUUUAUUCUUUGAUCAUCAUUUCCUAAAAAAAACUUGCUGGUUAGAAUUCGACAAUAAACACACCAUACAUGUACAUGUUUACAAACUGAGCAAACUCCUCCACAGGCGAGAGAUCCAUUCCUUAAAUUUCCUGGAUCCACAUCUUAUUAGUUGUUGCCUGUCUGGAGGAAUCUCCAGAUGACUUUUUUCAAUGACCCUCCCAAGCAAACAGUGUCACUGAAAAAUUGUAUCAAACACAUCACGUCCAUGGUGGCAGUAGCAUUCGAACCUGCUGUGUAAUUACUCUGUGUCUGUAGUUUGAAGUUUUUACCUUCACUCUAUGUAGGCUACUGUGUAUGUAAAUGUCAUGACAGAGAAUGUGCAGUAUUUCAAUGCAUGAAACCUACUCCACUAUUUUGUUAUAUGCCAAUUUGCAAUAAUUUUAUCAUACAUGUACCUUUGAAUUUAUCUGUGCAUUAUGAAUAUAAUUAAUGUUAAGCUAUGAUACAAAUUUUUUUUGUUUUUCUCCGUUGUUUUGACCCUAAUUCUGGUUUUUAUUAUGCCACCAUCUACCCGGUACAUGUACACAGAACACGUUAGAACACUUUAAAAGGAUCUCUUAGUUCUCUUCUUAAGAUCAAAUCUCACACUUUGACAUGUUUGGACCUUUGCACCAUUUUUGUAUUCCAGAACUUCCACAACGAAUUUUUUAAAUUGCGAAUAAAGGUGUAUUUGUAUUGUACAAAUAUUUAGAAUUGAGGGAACUGAAUUUUAUCUUUAAACAAUUAUUUUAUUUAUUAUGAAUAAUUAAAUUAAACAUGAAUAAUUCUAUGUAAGAACCUGUAAUGCCAUAUAAUAAAUAGUUCAAGAAAUCAAGCAAUUAAGAUUUAAAGCAAAAUUUAAAUGUGGUUUUCAAGUUGUUGAAUAAUAUGAGGUUGGUAUUUGAGUGGAAUGAAGUACAAUUCUUGUACACUUUACAGAAUGUUGUUACAAUUUCAUCCAAUGACUGAAAAUAAUAUUGCUGUGUGUAGCACAUGUUAGAUUGUCAUUGUGUUAGGUCAGUUUUUACAGUCUGUUUCUUACAUAUGAAUAUUUCAGCUCAUAUUUUUAUUCAGCUCAUAGGUUUAGUCGUUAGUUUAUAACAUACAUGUAUAUUUACAUGUACAACCUGAAAACGUACAUUUUUUCAAAUUAAUAUCCAUGUACAUGUAUAGAGAUUCAAAAAUAUGAAGAAGAAAAAAAGGAAAGGAGGGGUUAAUGAGGAAUGUAAUUAACCUGUGACACCCAUCCUCUUCCCUAUGAAGUUUUUGGUAAAGGGUUUAAAUCUACCUAUCAACAACUUGAGAAUGUGAACUGAUACAUGUAAAUAUUUUCAAUUUACAAAAUUGAAUGUACAAUUUUUAGUAUCUUUUGCACUAGAAAUAGAAAAGAAAAAUUUAAUUCUGCUGGAAGUAGUCCUGAUUUAGUGUAUAAUUCUUACAAAUGCUUGUAAUACAUGUUGUUAGUUUAGCUGACAGAAAACUUUAGUGCUAUUAUAUGUAUUUCAAAAAAUCCAUGUUCCACGGUAACAAACGUACAAAUCAUAUAAUCUGUUACAAAUGUGAUGUACAGUACUGAACACGUACAAGGUUACUGUAAAAGUAGUCAAAGGUAUAAUGUUCCAACUCGUUGUGUAUAAUGUCGAUGAUUGAAACUGUAUACUGACACCUAUGUAACAUUUGCAGGAGUUCAGACAUUUAGUAAUUCAUUUUUGUUUUGUAUGACAAUUUUUCAUGAAGUGUUAGUCUCAAAGAACAUUAAUUAUGUCUUAUACAUGUAGAUGAAUAAAUGCUCGUCAUUUUUCAAUUGAUAUAUCUCAUUUGGGAUCAAACAAUCUAUGUUCAACUGUGAUUGGAAUGAAUGUGAUUAAAUUAAUUCAUAUCGUU